UAGUUUGUUCACUUCAAAAUUAUAUAAAUAUAUAGUUAAAGGAAUGUUUAUUUCAUUAAUAAGUCCUUGAAUAUUUCAUAUAUUUCAGUACUUCCUUCAAUUUGUAGACUUUUAGGCUCUUGUGUCUGUCUAUAUCUUUUUAAUUCUCAAUAUUAUAUAUAAUUUGUAGUGAAGAAUCAAAGUUGGAAAGUUACCAAUAACCAAUAAUAUAUAAUUUAGUUUGCAUAAUGGACAAGAAGUUGAUAAAGGCAGCUGAAGAAGGAGAUAUCAAUGUCUUGUACUCAGUCAUUGGAGAGUGUUCACAAGUUUUACAAAGCUUUGAUGAAGAGCUCUUAUUCAUUGAUAACCCUUUACACAUAGCUGCAUUUGAAGGCCACAUACAUUUUGCCAUGGAAAUCAUGAGACUAAAACCAUCCUUAGCUAGAAAGCUAAACCAAGAUCAAUUUAGCCCUUUGCACUUGGCCUUACAAAAUGGAAAAUCCCGAAUGGUGCUUCGGCUUAUUGAUAUCAAUCGAGACCUUGUUCGUGUACAAGGAAGGGAAAGCAUAACCCCUUUGCACCAUGUAGCUAUAGAAGGAGAUUUGGAACUCUUGAUUGCUUUCUUAUCAGCUUGUCCGAAAUCCUUCCAAGAUGUCACGAUUCGGAAUGAGACUGUUCUGCAUAUUGCUUUGAAAAAUGACAAAGUUGAAGCCUUUGAGAUCCUUCUUAGAUGGCUUACAGAAGUAUGCUAUGAGGAAGUGUAUAGGUUUGAGAAGAAGAUUUUGAACUGGAGAGAUGAGGAUGGUAACACUCUGCUUCACAUUGCAGCAUCAAAAAAUCAAAGCCAGGUGAUAAAAUGGCUAGUAAAGUCAAAAGUAGAUGUUAACUCCAAGAACAUGGUUGGUUUAACUGCCUUGGAUAUCUUAGAGAAUGAAAGCAAGUUUGAGAGCAUAGAAAUUAGACAUAUGCUACAUGCUGCUGGAGCUAUGACAGGAGCCUAUUUUCAAACUGAAUAUGCAUCUAAAAUCUACUUAAGUGAUAGGACAGAUCAGAGGUUGAAAAAAGCAGCUCAAGAGGGAGAUAUGGAUGCCUUUUAUGAUUUGAUAAAUGAGGAUCCAUGUAUCUUAGAUCGCAUUGAUCAAAUACCAUUCAUUGAUACUCCUAUGCACAUAGCUGCAUCAGCAGGACAUAGCCAUUUUUCCAUAGAGAUGAUGAGAUUAAAGCCAACAUUUUCAUGGAAGCAAAACCAGCAUGGCUUCAGCCCAAUGCACCUUGCUUUACAUAACAACAAAUUCCAGACAGCACUUGAACUGUUAGCUAUAGACAGAAACCUUGUUCGCGUCAAGGGAAGGGAAGCUAAGACUCCCUUGCAUUAUGUAGCUGAAACAGGCAAUGUUUUUCUUUUGGCUGAAUUUUUGGCUAGCUGUCCAGAAUCGAUACAAGACUUGACUAUUCGAAAAGAAGCUGCUCUUCAUGUUGCUGUAAAGAAUGACCAGUGUCAAGCUCUUGAAGUCUUAUUAGGAUGGCUUCAGCUUGUUGGUAUGGAAAUGAUUCUUCAAUGGACUGAUGAUGAAGGCAAUACUGCUUUGCACAUUGCUACAUACAGAAAUCAAUCUCAGGCAAGUAAUUAUUCUCUCAAUUUUAUUGUGCUAAAGGUAAAUAGCAUAUACAUUAUACAUAUGUGCCCACAUAGGAUUUUUAAUCCAACAUUUAGUUGUUCUUGUUUUCCCUUGUUCCAUUCCAACAUUACACAUCAUGACUGUUUCAACUAUGAUUCUUCAUUCUUAACAAUACAGAUGGUCAAAUUACUAAUAAAUAGGAUUGACAUAAACGCGAAGAAUUUCAAGGACUUGACAGCUCUGGACAUUUCCGAACAACCAAUGUGCGACGCAAACAUAAAGAAUCUGCUACACCAAAGUGGAGCUUUAGGAGCUUCUUCACUUCCUAGAGUGACAAUCUUAGCAGAAUUCUUAACCACAAAGAUGUCAACACUUGAAAAGUUGAUAACAACCACUUACCUCAGAAAAUCUUGUAUGUCAAAUGAAAAUAGAAAUGCCCUUCUAGUGGUAGCUGUAUUGACAGCAACAACAACUUUCCAAGCAGUGCUAAGCCCACCAGGUGGAAUUAUUAGGCAUAGUAACUCCCUCUUUGAUUUCCAAUACAUGGCACCAUGGUUUUGUUUCUUGGCUUUUAACACAGUGGCUUUCCUCACAUCAAUGUCUGAGAUAUGGUUUCACCUUCCUAGAGGCUUUUACUUCUUACUAAAGCUUGUUAUGCCUCUGUUGCUAUGCUAUAUGCUAUCGUUGAGCCUCACAAUGCCAGUGUCAAGAGCCACACCAUAUUACAUGAUUCUGUUGCUUUUGUCACAAUGGAAAGCAGUGGCAAGGACUAUCCUUUACAAAAGGUCUUUGGAAGUUAAACUUCAUUUGUUGAAACAUUGCCCCAACUUGUAUAGAGAAUUGAAAUUUUAAACAACUUACACUAUUGAGAUUAUGAGGCAAAAGGAGGGAUGUAGGGCCGGCCUUGAGCUAAAACAGGUUAAGCCUGCACCUAGACUCACCCAACCUAGAGGCCAACAAAAAUAAUUGUAUAAAUUUAUAAAAAAAAAAUAGUAAUUUUGA